AUGGGGUAUGGGGGUAAUCAGGAUGCUGGUAUGGCGUAUGGCGGUGAUCAGGAUGCUGGUAUGGGGUAUGGUGGUGAUCAGAAAGCUGGUAUGGGGUAUGGUGGUGAUCAGGAUAAUGGUAUUGGAUAUGGCAGUGAUCAGGAUGUUGGUAUGGUGUAUGGCGGUGACCAGGACACUGGUAUGGUGUCUGGUGGGGAUCAGGACACUGGUAAGGCAGUGAUCACGACUCUGGUAUGGUGCAUGGUGGUUAUCAGGGUGCUGGCAAGGUGUAUGGCAGUGAUCAGGGUGCUGGUAUGG